AUGUCUGGGCCUCUGAUCCAGGAGAUGGAGAAACCGCACAGCCGCUCGCACUGCGGGAAAAGCUUCCGGCUGCUGCAGCACCUCAUCGUUCACGAGCGCGGCCACACAGGAGAAAGACCGUACCGGUGCGACAAGUGCGGGAAAGGUUACACGCACCCGUCCACGCGGAAGAAACACCUGUCCAGGCACGAGGAGAAACCGUUCCGCUGCUCCCAGUGCGGCAAGAGCUUCACCCAGGCCGUGACCCUGAGGACUCACGGCCUGAUCCACGCGGGCGUGAAACCGCACGACUGCAACGAGUGCGGGAAGAAAUUCAACCACAAGGGCAACCUCAACAAACACGUGCGCAUUCACACAGGAGAGAAGCCGUUUGAGUGUGAACGGUGUCAGCAGGCCUUCAGGCUCCCGCAGCACUUCAACAGCCACCGACUCACGCACAACAAGAAACCGUAG